GAUGCAUCCACAAGGAGAACUUCCAACCGGGGAGACGAGAGAGCCCAAGCAAACUCCAAGAUAGUUGAAAUUCAAGUUGUUUGAGGUGGAUUAAGUAAUGCUCCUCCGCCUUUAUGUCAUGGUGAUCUCAUACCUUUGUGCCAUCAAAGCUGCCCCCUUCCAAAACCAGACCACUGAUCGGGAUUAUGGCCCUGAAAGUUCCUCCAAUUCCACAGCCCAACCACAGAACUUCUUUAAUUUUACUGAGGGACUGCACGAUGGCUUCUUCCCGGACUUAGCAACCACGCAUCCUGACAUGGCUGGCAAAGAGUGGAACCUUUAUUCCCCAAGAGUGGCCCUCACUAGUCAGGAGCCCUCAGGACCACCUUAUUUGUUUUUGGCAGAAGAGCUGGUUUCACAUUCAGAACCAGCUAACAGGACUUCUCGGGUGAAACGGGCACAGGGGUCAGAUGCAAUCAAUCCUUCUCGAAGAGGAGAACUUUCUGUGUGUGAUUCCAGGCAUGUAUGGGUGACUGAUAAGAGGUCAGCAAUCGAUAUACAUGGUAAGACAGUCACCAUCCUAGCUGAAAUUCAGACACUCACAGGACCAUUAAAGCAAUACUUUUUUGAGACCAAGUGUAACCCUGAAGGAGGAACCACAAAUGGUUGUCGUGGGGUAGAUAAAAGACAGUGGAUAUCAGAAUGCAAACAAAAGCAGUCAUAUGUCAGAGCGUUGACCAUGGAUGAAAAGCUAGUGGGUUGGCGCUGGAUCCGGAUUGAUACAGCAUGUGUUUGCACCCUGUUGAGCAGAAGAGGAAGGACGUAAAAGUAGAGAUGACAGAGGGUUAUCCUCUCCAUGGUUUACUGUGGUUAGGGAAAGCGAAUGGAGCUCCUGUUGUUUUCCUUAAGCUGUUUACAAUAUGGCAUAUUGGCCGACAUCACACAUUCCUGGAGUCAUGCCACAAACACACUACGUUUGGGGGAUGGAAGAGUCAUGAACCAACAGCUGUCCUCAGAAGUGGUUUAACUUUACUAGGAGCACAAAACUGGAUACAAAGAGACACCAUACAGAUCUCAGUCCACGUGGGACUAAAAAUUGUCACCUCUCCGUGCUUUCUAAAUAUAGUGCCUUUUCGUCCUGAAUUUGCACAACGUAGUGAACAAGUAAACUGAAUUUUGUCACCGACUGUAGGAAGUGACCAGUGGACACCCUAUGCGUUCCCUUUAUGACUACACUAUGGAGACAUUACACAGAUGAUGCUAAACUGGUGGAUAUUUUAAAUAAAAAAUGUAUUUGGAUUUGAUGAAU